AUGGAGGGCGAGACAGGGGUCAAGUACACCGAUGGGGACCUGCCAGUGGCCAGCAUUCUGCAGUCGAGCCUGGACAUGUUUGCUACGGCGUCCGGCGCUCCUGCAGAGACGGAAGAAGACCCCGAACUGAAGGCGGCGACUGAAGCCCUGGAGGCCCUGCGCGGUGGCGCAUGCGUCACACAAGCGUCCACAGAACUAGGUCCCAGCCCUUUCGCUGCUAACGUGACAGCGGUUUGCUGGGCAGCAAGGUCCUUCGAAGAGGCCCUGAGCAUCGUAGCCACAGCAGACCGAAAACUGUGCCUCCUGGAUGGUGCGAAGGUGCUGGCGACCUUCGAGGACCUGGCCUCGCCACCGCUGAGUCUGGACGUGGCGGUCGCUGAGGAGGAAGGCGCGCAGGAGGUUCUGGUGACUACUAUGGGCGGCGAAACCCUGGUUCUUGGCCUGCACCCCCCAGGAGUGGCUGGUGGCGGCUACCCGGCGUCGGAAACCUCAGGCCACUGGGUGUUUGAACUGCGGCAGAGGUUCAAGGACCAUCAGAAGCAGGUCACAAGCUGUUGCUUUGCUCCAGCUAGCGGCCGGCAGAGCACCUACUUCAUGACCAUCUCGCGCGACCACACAGCGCACUUCUACUGGCGAACUGGAAAUUCGGAGUUCUCACACUUGGGCUCCUGCAGUUUCGUCGGCGAGGUCACCGCCUGCUGCUGGCUCGACGGUCGCACUGCCGUGCUAGCAGCAAGGAACGACCACGAGUUGCACUAUCUGGAGAUGCCGAGCUUGGGAGAAGCUGCUGAAGUCAAGGAGGCCCAGAGGACCAACCUCAAUGCCCUGGGUGACAGCGUCGUGUCCUUCGCCGUUUUGGCCCUCACAGCCUCGCCGGAUGGGACUCGGGUUGCCGCCUGCACGGAUCGCUCCAGGGUCAUCCUCCUGCAAGCCCGAUCUGCGCGGCAACUGCGGAACUUCUACGGGGCUGCAGUGGGGGAAUACGACAUGCCAAGUGUGGCAUUCUCGCUGGAUGGCUGCUUCUUGUAUGUGUCGUCUUCGCUGCCACAGCCCGCCCGCCAGGAGGAAAACGAGGUCAAGGCGCUGUGCGGGCAACUGGCCGUUUUCGAGGUGCGGAGUGGCCAGAUGGUUCUCCAGCUGCCUUGUCAUGAGAAGGCCGUGCGCUGCUUUCACCGGCAUCCCUACUCCGAGAUGCUUGUGACGGGAUCGUUCGACAAGACCGUAAAGUUUUGGAGCUAG